UUGGCCCAAAAAGGACAUCGGCUUUUGGUGUUAUUUUCAAACGCGCGCUCAACGAAGAAGCAUCAAAACCACGGAAAUCCGGUUCUGUCGAGCAAUGUGCGCCGCUGAGGAACCGUUUCUGCACGCCGCGCUUUGAGUUUCGUUUUACCUUUUUUCGCUCUCCCCCCCACCCCGACACCCAUACACACACACACACACGGACACACACUAACCCAUACAAACGGACGGCGCGCACACACACCCACACAACAAAGUAACAAUAUCAACAGAAUAUUUCGAAGAUGGCGACUUACGGAGUUUUUUAAUGAAAUUUUUACAAAAAGCACAAAACACCUGAAAUCACGUAUCAUAUUUGCUAAAAGUGUAUUUAAUAAAUUUGACAAAAAAAAUAAGAAGAAACGGCGCAGCAAACCACAAAAUAGAAUCUAACUGUAAAUUACAGUGCCUUUUUACAAAAACAAGCAACAGAAGCACAGCAGCAAUCACAACAACAACAACAAAACAGCAUCCUUUAACAAGAAGAAGCAGAAUCCAGAGAAUCAAAGGCAAACAACAAAAACUAUAGUCGACUUAUUCGGCAAAAGGUAUAACACGGCGCCACAUGGCAGCACCUUUAUUAUGAAAUGAGGCGACCAAACCAACGCAUCGCCAGCGAAUCCCGCCACAUCGAACACGGAGCACGGAUCAGACCACGGCAGGCAAUUAAUCCGGAAUCAGUGACGAAAGAAUGAGCAGCAUUAAUCUGCAGCAAUGGUGGGAGAACUCUUACCGGCGCCAACACUUGGACAGCACCAGUCAGGAUCUCGACUCCGCGGAGUUGCACUACUCGACGCUCGAUUAUAACCAACUCACCACGGACCAGGAUGGGUCUCCGCCCGACCUCGACUACGGCAACUUCAGUAUCGGCAAUCCCUACGAUCUAGACGCAGUCAAUGGUUACCCGGAUCAGGCCAUCUCCUCGCUGACGCUCCUCCUCCUGGCGAUUAGCUAUGGUCUGGUGGUCUUCGGCGGCGUCGUAGGCAACUCCACGCUGGUCCUCACCCUCUGCUCGGCCUCGUCGGUUCGCCUGCGGAAUCCUCUACUGCUAGCCGUCUGCAUAGCCGAUCUGCUGGUCACGGGUAUCUCUGCGCCCGUCACUCUCCUUAAUCUCGCAAUGAACCGCCGGACGCGAUCGCUGCCGCUUGUCCUCUGCAAACUCAUACACUAUAUUCAGGUAAUGCCUGUAGCGGCCAGUACCAUUUCGUUUUUCAUGCUUUCCCUGGACCGCUACGCCACCGUUAAGCACCCCCGCCUCGCGCAACUGCGUCAGCGUCGCUACCUCCACGUCUCCUUGGCCGUCCUCUCCUGGCUGGCGUCGGCCACCAUUAGUACUCCGUUCCUGUUCGCCUACAAGAUAAUCGCCAAGUCGGUGACGGUCAAAGGUGGCAGCCGUGGAGCCAACACCACUCCGAAUCCGGUCAGCAUCAGUUGCACCUCCGACUUGAGUGCCAAUUCCAUGUACAUGUUCAUCAUUUUCCACACGAUCGCCGUCUUCGUGCUCCCGGGAUUGGGGGUGUUGCUCAAUCACUGUGGGGUACGCCGCAAGCUCUGCGCCCUGUCCCUGACGGCUCGAGCGGCUCACGGUGAGCUGCCGCUGCCCAUUCCCAUCCUGCGCCGCCAGACCCAUAUGGUAAUUGUAACCGGCUGCCCUAAUGCCCAGCAGGAGGCCUGUGGAGGCGCCACCACGGCGGACGGAACGUCGAACGGUAAUGGAAACGGUGGUGGCACUGGGGGGGAUUCCAUGGCCGUGAGUCCAGGCGACAUACAACUGCAUGCUCUCCAGCCUCGCAUGCCGGGAUUGGCUCUUGAACCGGGCUCCUAUCGCUCCAGUAAUCCCAUAUCACCCAGGGCCAUGAGGGAGAUCCGUGCUCACUCGCAACGCCAGCGUAUCCAUCGCUCUGGGAGAGGUCCUGCCACGCCGGGAAUCCCGCUACCCCAGACCUCAACCCUGCGGUCCCGCCGGCAUCUGGCCAAUAUGUUAAUCGCAUCCGCCGUAAUCUUCAUUGCCUGCUGGGCGCCGCAUGUCUUCUGUAUCUUCUACACGAAUUUCGGCUACAAACAGCACUGCAGCCAGACCUCUGUCUACUUCAGCCUUCUGCUGGGCUACUUUUAUUCGGCCAUUAGUCCGGUGAUCUACUGGGCGCUAAACCACAACUCGCUUCGACAAUCGCCCUGCGCCCCCAUCAUCCGGCUGCGCUCCAUGCAAAAUUUUCUAAGGUCGCGCUUCCGGACGCACACAGCCCCGCCGCCCCCAUCAUCCACCAAUGAGGCGGCCCUUGGGGCAUUCAACCCCAAGCUGAUCAAGCUGACACCGAAACAGUAUAGAGCUCAGGCCUCUUCGCAUUAUCUCUACUAGUUGUGAUACUAAACUAAACUUGAUAUACAUAUUGUAUAGACACAUAAAAUCAUAUAAUAUAUAUAUUUUUUACUUACGCCCCCAUCUGAAGUCUCGACCGCUCUCGAACUUCAGGAAUCUCUCCUCGAAUCCCCAAGACCCCUUAGCGUUCUAAACUCGAAGCCCAACUACAAAGAGGAACUAUUGUAUCUAGAUGUUUUUCAAAAGCUCUAAGCAACUACUAUAGUUCGCGAAUCAUUUUCAUAGCAGUGUGUUAGUUGAAAGCCUUUUAAACUGAAACGCUAUAAUAUUGUGCCCCUGAAGCUAUGCAGUGCAACAUGCACCUGUCGCAACUCCUGCCUAAGAUGAGCAAGAAAAAAAAACGUUAACGGAAAAAAAUACAAAAACUAAAAAUCAAAAAAAUAUUAAAUAAAAAAGAGACAAAAAAAAUAAGUAAAUAGAGAACUCUACUAGUGACUUCUUCGAAAUGUUGUUUAGUCUUUUAAGCUGAAAUAUUGUACUAUGUUCCUUCUCAUAGAUAAGCAAUAAGUAAACGCUUUAAGCCAACUCAAAGCGUAUAAAUAAAUACGCUUACUCAAUUCCCAGUAAACUUAUACAUACAACUACAUAUAUAAAACAAAAAUUAACAAAAAAAAAAUUAAUAUAAAUGUGUGGAAAUGGUUUAACAAAAAAAAAAAACAAAAAACAAAACAUAGUAUUGUAAACGUAUUUAUACGACUUAAUUCUUUAUACACUUUUCUAGUCAUUUUUAAUAUCGUUCAGUAAACUGAACCUCCUGUGUAGUGUUAUUCAAGCUGCAAGAGCUGAGAAAUCCAAGGAAUACAUAAGUGUUUCAGAUCCCCAAGAUCAGAAGACUCAGGAGCGGGUUUCAUUGUCUAUCUGAGUACUCUUCAAGACAUUUCGACUUGUUUAUUUUUAAUAUAAUAUCUGUCUGAAUAACUCAUCCACUUAGUGGCCUAACUCAUAUUUUUUUACACCUGUUUUUCCAUUAAAACCAUCUGAAAUUGUUUAAUCUUUACAUAAAAUCUAAAUAAAUAUUUUUUAUUUUGUACUUUAACUAAAUUUUCAUUGAAAAAAAAGACAACCUAUAAAUAAACUGCAUACCAAUAGUCAUUGUUUCCUACAUCUAAAGUGGUUUCAUUUAUAUUUAUGGAUCUUUUGGGGACCUUUUCUUAUAAAAGGGGUUUUAAUUUCAGAGAAUAAAGAUAAUUCCAGAGUGCAGCUUAAAAAGAAUUUACAUCAACAUAUAAUUUAUGAUUAAAACCUUUGAUUUUUAUAGCCUGAAGGUUGUAUUACAAAAUCAUUGGAGUGCUGGCAACUCACCUCAUAAUUAUGAAUAAUAAUUAUAAUAUAAUCACUGCCUAAUAAUUAAGACUUAGAAUUGCUUAAUCAUGGCGGCACUCUGGAUGGAAUUGGCAUUUUCUAUUAAAAAAUUUAGUCAAACAGAGAUGCAUUAAUAAUUCAUUAAGACUUACUCGUAAAAUGCUAUUUAAAUGAGAAAAAAUUCCAGGUUUUGCAUAAAAUUAUCAUGCAAAUGUGCCCAAUCUGAGAAGUGUUCUUAACUUAUAUGUUAACUUUGUAGCAUCGGAGCAGUCGAUUAUUGGACGUUUCAGACACCGGAUCGGACUCCUGAGUUAAUUUUAAAAUGAUUUCUAAAACAUUGAUACUCUUUCUGAUGGCAUUUCUUUGUGCCGUCUUGCUGUGCGAAGCUAAGGAAUACCAAUUUUUGCCUGCGCGGUGCAGGGAUUUGCCUGGAAUCGAAAAGCAAAUAGGUGGCCCAAUGAGUCUGUGCAGUUUUCCACCCGGCUACCAGACACCAGACUCCGAGGAUAUACAGGCUGUCAUCAACCACAUUAAGACCCUGAAAUUAAAUUAAAAGACACCUUAUACCUAAAAUCGAUUAAAUCUAACAUUUAAAAAUCUUGGA